AUGGUAAUUGAAGACAAUAUUUUUGGUGGAGAUGCAAUUGGUGUAACUAAUUUUGGUGGGCUUGAGGGACAAAUUGGUGUUGAGGCCUUUGAUUCAGCAAAUGAUUAUGUGAAAUUGAUGAAAUUUAUCUUUGAUUUUGAGUCUAUAAGGAAGUUGUGUUCAUCUCCGAAAUUCACAUUCUGUCAUGAUGCAUUGCAUGGAGUUGUUGGGGCUUAUGCAAAACAUAUUUUUGUUGAGCAGCUCAGUGCACAAGAGAACUCAUUGUUGAUCUGUGUUUCCAAGGAGGAUUUUGGAGGAGGUCAUCCAGAUUCUAACUUUACUUAUGCAAGGGAGUUGGCUGCUAGCAUGGGAUUGAUUAAAUCAAGUCCUCAAGUUGAACUAACAGAAUGUGGUAUUGCUGUUGAUGGUAAAGCAAAUCGUGACAUGAUCCUUAGUAAAAGGUUCUUUGUUAUUCCAUCGGACUUGGUUGCAAUUAUUGCUACCAAUGCAUAUGAAGUCAUAAAAAAGAACACUGGAGAUGAUACAAGUUCUUUUACUUAUGAAGCUAUUUUUGGCGAAGAUUAA